UACAUUUUACAACUAUUUUAUGUAGCUCCACCCGAGGCUUCUCGACAGCGGGAGAAAUGAGUUGUUAUGGCGACCAACACACAAUGCUGUCCUCAGAUGAUGUGCUGCCCCCUCCUGGUGACUUCCAGGUCCUGUUGCUGACAUUAGAUUCUGUGUCUCUGAGCUGGAGUUCUCCUCAGGGGCUGACAGGACCACAGACAUUCAGAGUGACCUGGGGGUGUGACGGUGAAACAAGCUCAACAAGAGUGAAAGGUGGGCAUUAUCUUGAAAUAAGCAGUCUCAAACCUGGUGAAAAGUACCAGUUCAACAUGGCUACAGAGGGAGAAGAUGGAAGACAAAGCAGAUGGGUCUCAGCAUCCCUAUCCACAGUGGUCCCACCCAGAGAUUUAAAGAUAGACCAUUUGGAAGAGACCUCCUUCACUCUCCACUGGUCCAAGGCUGAAGGGAUGGAGAAAGUCCCACAGCGCUUCCUCAUAUCACACUGCAUCCCAGGAACAGACCCCCGUGCAGCCAAUACUGACCACUGCAACAAGACUUUCUCAAACCUGCAACCUGGCACAGAGUACACUGUUAGUGUUGCAACUGUGCUGAGCAAUGGGGAACAGAGUGAACCUGUCUCUACAACAAUCUGCACUAUACUUCCUGCUCCACACCAGCUGACUGUUGACUCAGUGGACACCACAUCAGCUGCUGUUAGCUGGAGCCAGCCACCAGGAUUGGACCAAACCCAACAUCAUUACCAGAUCUCCUACCACUGUCCAGGGACAGAACCACACAUCACUACCACGUCUUCACACAGCAUCACUCUCUCUGACCUGCAAUGUGGUACUCAGUACUCUGUCACUGUCUGCACUGUGCUGGAAAAUGGAAAGCAAAGUGAACUGGUGUCAACAACCUUCACCACAGUACUUCCUGCUCCAGACCAGCUGACUGUUGACUCAGUGGGCACCACAUCGGCUACUGUUAGCUGGAGCCAUCCACCAGGAUUGGACCAAACCCAACAUCAUUACCAGAUCUCCUACCACUGUCCAGGGACAGAACCACACAUCACCUCCACAUCUUCACCCAGCAUCACUCUUCCUGACCUGCAAUGUGUCACUCAGUACUCUGUCACUGUCUGCACUGUGCUGGAAAAUGGAAAGCAAAGUCAACUGGUGUCAACAAACCUUACCACAAUACAUUUUCAGUGGUGGAAGAGACCCUCCAGAGUUGCUGCAGUGUGUGUUCUACUGGCUGUCAUCAUAGGCCUGUGGGAUUCCUGGUCCUGUCCUGAAGGAUGGAGAAGGUUUGGCUGCAGAUGUUACUACCUCUCUACUGAGAAGAAAACCUGGAAUGAGAGCAGACAGGACUGUCUGGAGAGAGGAGCAGACCUGGUGAUCAUUAACAGUGAAGAGGAACAGACAUUCAUCAAUGGGUUUAAAUCAGUCAGUUAUGUCUGGAUUGGUCUGACUGAUUCUGUUACUGAGGGGACCUGGAAAUGGGUUGACGGCAACCCACUGACCACCCCAAGGUAUUGGUGGAGUGGAGAGCCUGGUGGUGGUACGUACCAGAACUGUGGGGAAAUCUAUUACAUAUCAUCAGGCCAAGGAGUAUGGAGGGAUUUGGGAUGUUCGUUUUCACAAGAAUGGAUCUGUGAGAAAUAGUUCUCAUAGUUACUUUCUCUGCACUGCUGAUUAAUGAACUCUCUACUGUAUGUUAAUGAUGGUCUGAAGACUGAUGGGAUUUGAUAGAAUGGUACUCUGAACUACAGGUAGGAGAGAAACGAACACAUGCACACAUUCAGACACACACACACGAAAACACUGAUCCCUCUUGGGCCAAGAGCUGACACUGAUUUCUGAAGUCGCAGGUUUGGCUACCGCGUCACGUGACCAGGAGCAACAUGACUGACUAAUGUCUGCUGCACAAGCUGACACGCAAUCAUGUAUUCAUACUGUGUGUCAAACAAUGUGUAUAAAUAGGGGUAUAACAUCUGGAAUCUACAAGGACAAGACACCUCUCUCACACCUCUACAUUUUAAAGGUCUACUCCUAAACUUGAAGAAAGAAAAACUGGUGUAAAUAUGACGUUGUGCCUUUUAAGACAGAGUGAAUGUUACUGUUUACAUUUGAACUCAUAUUUUGUUAACUUCCUCUCCGUGGAGGCAGCACCAGAAUGAAGGGUUGGAUCAUAAAUAAUCAUCAGUUAUCAAAACAGUGUCUAAGGUUUUGUUACUAAACUAACUGGGACUAAUCAUUGACUACAGUAGGACAGGUUGCAAUGCAGUGCAACAAACAAGUCACGACCCCUGAUGACCUUUAAUACAGGUAGUGAUUAGAUUCAACUGUUUUGAAAAGUAGAUAUUAUUUAGCAAGUGAAUCUAGUUGUUUAAUGGUUGUAUUAUAUUUCAGAGAGGGAGAGAGAGAAUCCCAAAUGAUACCCUAUCCCUUUGUAGUGCAUUCCUUUUGGUGAGUAGUGCACUAUAAAGGGAAUGGGGUGUCAUUUGGGAUUCUCUCACAGCCAGAGAGUUAGGCAGAAUACAGCUUACUCACGACUCACCGUGGCCAAAUGGAGGCCUGUUGAGACUCUUCAGUUGGCCAUCCCAAGAGCUGGGUGACAAAAUCACAACAAGGAAAACAAAAAGACUAUCCAAACCAAACCAACCUGGUUGGGAGGCUACUUUCAUAUAGCUUCUCUGAUCAGUAAUCACCUGUCAAUCAUCCACACCUGAGAGCAACAGGGUUGGGGUCAAUUCCAUUUCAAAAAGGAAACACCACGUGUAUGUUUAACCAUUUCUUAGAAAAGAUUACAAUGUUCAUACAAAUAUUUACACAUGUUAAGUUUGCUUAUGAGCAGUUUAUGAGCAGUUUGGGUGCGACCGCAGCAUGUGAUCUCCUGUGUUUACAAUCGGCAGGCAUUUAGCUAUGUGGGAAUUGCAGGGAGGAACAGAGAAUGGUGGCGAUAUCAGCUCUCUUCAUCUGCACAGAUGAGCUAAAUUACUUUUUACAACUGUUCCUCUGCCCUGUUUCUGCACAUCUGUUAACUGUCACAUAGAUAAGAGGAUGUCCUUUCUACAAUAGGAGAGAGCCAACUCUGUUCGUUGGGCUUUCCAACUCUGAACUAUUUCAGUGAUUGUUGAUUGCUCCAUGUUUUUGUAAAUCUUAUAAUAAAGUUGCUG